CUUGAAUUGGGCCUAAGCGGGGGGGGUGUGGCUCUAUCCAUGUGACGGUGGUCUGGACUCCCAUGCUGGUUAGCGCAAAUAUAUAGCUCUAUAGCCCGAUUCAUGCUUCCUAUAUAAACGUUUUCGACCAACCGGUCGCCCCUUCAGUCUGGCAUGUUUGCUUAAUUGGCUACGUGACGAGCUUUCUGGAAGCAGAGGCAGCCGACCGGUCGUCUGAAGUUUUUGAACCUAUCAAAGGAUUGGCCGACUCCGAGGGGUGUUGCCUACGAUUAGCUUUCCCUUACCCUGUUCGAAAGGGUGCAGACUCCGACUGUUCUCUCUUCUCAGGCAAUGGUUUUCUCUCCUUCCCGGUCCCACUUCCUGGGUCUGUGCAACUUCUGGUGCGGUUUGCCUCGUCCGAUGGAAGCUGUAUUUGCUUGGUGUGCACACCGCGGGGGCGUCUUCUGCGUGCAUUCUUGUUCAACUGCUCCUGAUUGGAGUCUGAGCUGCACUUCGAUCAGCGUUCAGAUCAGAAAGCGUCCAUCCAUGUAAGUAAAUACACAUUACUUACCCGUUUUGAGGACUUCAAAGCCGCAGGUCAGUGACAGACCCCUCUGCAGACUCGCUCGACGCGACUCGCCAGUAUCGGGACCCUUCCAGACUUCCGCACCCCCUCCCUGAAUCCUCAAAUCCUCCACUGUGCGCGCAGACGCGGCUGGCGAAGGCGGGCGCGUGGCGGCCGCGGCUGCUGGCACUGGCGGAGAAACUAGGGCUGGACGGUUUCGAGGAGGACGUGGUAACGCUGCUGGUGGGGUUCACGAUCAGCCCCGUGCUGAAGAGCAUCCUGGCCGCAAGCGGCUACAACGACAUGACCGUCUACCAGAUCCUCAACACCUUCUGCGAGACCUUCGAGGAGCAGGUCAGCCGGCGGGUGCACUUCUACAAGGCUGCGAAGCUGGUGCAGUCGGGGGUUCUCAAGCUGGGGGAGAUCAGCCGCGGCUGGGGCAGUGACCUGGUGAGCACCCCGGUGGAGGUGGACCGGCGCACGCUCGACUUUGUGGUGGGCCUCGACACGGAGCUCAACGAGCUGGUGGAAGGGAGCCACCUCUACACGCCGCAGAUUACGCUGGAUCGCGUGGUGCUACCGAGCGAGCAGAAGGACAUGGUGCUCAAGACGCUGAGCAGCUUCGAGGCGUACGCGGAGAAGCGCGCCGAGUACGGCCUGGAGGACACCAUCAGCUACGGGGCGGGCCUCGUCAUCCUCUUCUGCGGGCCAUCGGGCACUGGCAAGACCAUGACGGUGAACGCUCUUGCGCACCACUUGAAGAAGCGCGUGCUGCUGGUGAACCUGCCGUCACUGGGCGCCGCGCAGGGGGACCUCAACUUCAAGUGGCUCUUCCGGGAAGCCAAGGUCAACGACGCCGUGCUAUUCUUCGACGAAUGCGAGAGCGUGUUUGAGACGCGAGAACAUGGGAGCAAGCAGGUGAACGUGCUGCUGACGGAGAUGGAGCGCCACCGCGGCAUCGUGUUCUUGGCGACCAACCGGCCGUACGAUCUGGACGAGGCCAUGCAUCGACGUAUCACGCUCGUCGUGGAGUUCACCCCGCCGGACCACCUGCUGCGCGUCGACAUCUGGAAGUCGCUCCUGCCGCCCAAGCUGCCGCUCGCGGAGGGCAUCGACCUCAAGAAGAUUGCGCUCAAGUACGAGCUGACGGGCGGCUUCAUCAAGAACGCCAUCAUCUCGUCGCUGCUCCUCGCCAUCGGCCGUUCCGCCGAUCCGCUCACCGUCACGGAGGCGGACCUCAUGGAGGGCUGCCGCCUGCAGCUACGUGGCAGCCUGAGGAUGAAGGCGUUCGACCGGCGGGUGGUGCCCAAGUCCGGAUUGGACGCACUGGUGGUUUCGGCGGGACUGGAGCAGCAGCUGCAGGAGAUUGCGCACUUUGACAAGGCGCGCCAGAUCCUGUUCGGGCAGUGGGGCUUCAGCGAGCAGAUGCGCGAGCGCCAGGGCAUCUCGUGUUUGUUCCACGGCCUGCCCGGCACCGGCAAGACCAUGGCGGCGGAGUGCCUCGGCUUCGAGAUGGGCAAGCCCAUCAAGUUCGUCAACUGCGCGGAGCUCGUCAACAAGUAUGUCGGAGAGACCGGCAAGAACAUCGAAAAGGUGUUUGAGGAGGCCAAGAUGCUGGACGCUCUGCUGGUGUUCGACGAGGCGGAGGGCCUGUUCGGCGCGCGCCACGCGGCCGACACGGGCAGCGCGGCGCGGUAUGCCAACAUGGACGUCGGCCUGCAGCUGCACCACCUGGAGCGAUUCCCGGGCGCGCUCGUGCUCAUCACCAACACCAUCGACAACAUCGACAAGGCCUUCUUCCGGCGCAUCAAGUUCGUGCUCGAGUUCGAGAGCCCCGACGCCAAGCUGCGCGCCAAGCUGUGGAAGUCCAUGAUCCCGGACAAGGUACCCGUGGAAGGGACGAUCGAUUACGACCUGCUGGGGCAGCGGUUCGAGUACGCGGGCGGCAGCAUCGCGAGCGCGGUGUUCCGGGCGGCGGCGCGCGCGGCGCUGCGCGUGGACGGGAGCAUGAAGCUCAAGAUGGAUGACCUGCUGACGGCAGCCGAGGAGGAGACCAAGAAGACGGGCGAGAACGGGGUCAAGCACAAGUCCAUGUUCCUGUAGGGCGUGACAGUCAGAGGCUACUGAGGUGCCGGGCGAGAUCUGGAAAGCAGAGAGUGCUUGUGUGUGUGAUCUGGGAACAGUGUAUUUUAGUAGAGGCGAAAUAGGCUUUGCGAAACCUUCGAGAAAGUGGCCUCAGAGAAGAGAUGGUCCGCAUUCCGAAGGAGAAGAGACAAUAGGAGGCGAAAGUGAUCCAAAGCAGAUUGUCGAUGAUCAUAAAGAGAGCAGUAGUCGCCUGGCUAUGCAGCCCGCGCCAUCAUGCAUCAGCAGUUACUGAGUGCGGGACUCGACCACGGAACAGUGUCUCUGACAAGCCAAGAUGCUGGUACGUACCAUAAGUGUUUGUUCGAGUUACGAUGCAAGUAGAGGUAGCGGUGCACCGCCCACAGGAAGUAAAGUAGCCCAUUGCAAGCCCACAGGAAAUAAAGUAGCCCAUUGCAAAACAUGCAGUGCGUUCAAAUCGUCAAAGACGGUCGAGAUCAUUUCUGUCGAUAAUAUACCUUGAUAUGUAGAGGACAUUGAUUUCACAACGCAGCGUGCACACACGGUCGCUCGGCCAUGAUCUUGCACACGUGCAGUGCUGGCGUUCUUUCAAAGGUUGCUGAGCU